GGUAUCACCUUGGGUGCAUAGCUCAGUGAAGAGAGAGGCACACGUUUAAUCUUGGCUAGAAAUUUGACAUUCAAAUGAAAGAAACGUGUCUGUGUUGCAGUGCGACUCGUCUCUCUGUUCCCCGGGAAGUGAAGAAACAUGAAGCAAGACGUCAGGAUCCUGUUGUUGGGGGAACCCAAAGUGGGGAAGACCUCGCUCAUCAUGUCUCUGGUGGGAGAAGAGUUCCCAGAAGAAGUUCCCCCCAGAGCUGAGGAGAUCACCAUCCCUGCUGACGUGACCCCAGAGAAGGUCCCGACUCACAUUGUGGACUAUUCAGAAAAAGAGCAGAGUGAUGAAACCCUUAGAAAUGAGAUCAUCAAGGCUAAUGUGGUGUGUGUGGUGUAUGAUGUCACCAACGAGGAUACCAUUGACAAGAUUAAAACUAAAUGGAUACCUUUAGUAAAUGGAGAUGCAGAGAAAGGAAACAAGGCUCCUAUCAUCCUUGUGGGAAACAAAUCUGAUCUGCGCAGUGGGAGUUCAAUGGAAACCAUCCUUCCCAUUAUGAACCAGUUCUCUGAGAUUGAGACAUGUGUCGAGUGUUCUGCAAAGAACCUAAAAAACAUUUCAGAACUGUUCUAUUAUGCACAGAAGGCAGUUCUCCACCCCACUGCUCCUCUCUAUGACCCUGAGGACAAACAGCUAAAGGCCGCAUGCGUCCGAGCCCUCAGCAGAAUAUUUUACAUCUCUGACCAAGAUAACGAUCAUAUCCUCAGCGAUGCUGAACUCAACUGUUUUCAGAAGUCUUGUUUUGGGAAUCCUCUGGCGCCUCAAGCCUUAGAAGAUGUGAAAACUGUAGUUUGGAAAAACACCAGCGACGGGGUACAAGACAAUGGGCUGACCCUCAAUGGUUUCUUGUUUCUUAAUACAUUAUUUAUCCAAAGAGGCCGACAUGAAACCACAUGGACUAUUCUCAGGAAGUUUGGUUACGACGAUAACCUUGAGCUGACUGAUGAUUACCUUUACCCCGAACUGCGGGUUCCCGUUGGCUGCACCACAGAGCUCAAUAACUUCGGUCACCAGUUCCUCCAGCGUAUGUUUGACAAGUAUGAUGAAGAUAAGGACUCUGCUCUGUCACAGACAGAGGUCAGGAACCUGUUUUGUGUGUGUCCAUACAUGCCGUGGGGUGCAGAUGUGUACGCGGCUGUACCAACCACAGCCGGGGGCUACAUUUCUAAUCACGGCUACCACUGUCAGUGGAUGCUUUCUGCGUACCUUGACAUUCACCGUUGCCUGGAGCACUUAGGAUACCUAGGCUACCCAAUCCUCACUGAGCAAGAGUCACAGACUGCUGCAGUCACAGUGACGCGGGAGAAAGAGAAAGAUUUGGAAAAGCGCCAGACUCAGCGGACAGUGUUUCUUUGCAAGGUCAUUGGACCCAGAGGGACAGGCAAGACAGCUUUUCUCCAGUCCUUUGUGGGCCGCAAUGUUCUGAAUGAGGAAGAUUCCAGCAGUGCCUUCUCACCAUAUGUCAUAAAUACUAUCCAAAUCAGCAACCAGGAGAAAUAUCUCAUCCUCAAUGAGGUAGAUGUUGAGACAGACUUCCUGAAGACAUCAGACGCCUCCUGUGAUGUCGCUUGUCUCAUGUAUGACACCAGUGAUCCCACUUCUUUCGACUAUUGUGCCAGUAUAUACAAGCAACAUUACAUGGAGAGCAACAUCCCGUGUGUGCUAGUUGCAUCCAAGAUGGACCUUCCUGAAGUCAAGCAGUUCCAUGGGAUGACUCCUGCAGAGUUCUGCUACAAACACCGACUUCCUCCGCCGAUGCCCUUCUCCAGCCCGUUGCUCGAUUCCACCAGCAGGAACAUCUACACCAGGCUUGCCUGGGCAGCAAUGUACCCACACCUGAAUGGUUCAGACAUGAGCAACACUUCUUUCUGGCUAAGGGUGGCGCUAGGCUCUGCUGUGGUUGCUGUUCUGGGUUUUGCCAUCUACAGAACUGUCGCCAGACUGAAAUGACCAGCAACUUCCGUGGUAAUUUUAUUUAGUUUAGUUUUUUUUUUUUUUUUUUUUUUUUUUAAACUUGUUGCUUCAUCCAUCAAGACCAACCUUUUGAGACCAGGUCCAGAACCUCUGCAGCUCAUCUGGAAAAAAGUACAUAUCAUCUCUUUUUUUGUUUUCUUUUUUUUUUUUUUUUUGCAUCCCGAAGACUCCCAGGAAUAUAUUUGACAUUCUGUGUCCUGCCACUUCACUUUGAAGUAAUUUGAUCACAACAGUCCAGAGGCAAUCGGAUGCUUGUGAUCGUCAUUUUUCACGCUGCCAUGUCGAGCUUUUUCUGCCUUACUUUUUGUUUUAAAAGGCUACGCAGAAGGGAGCAUGUCUGUGUUUGAGAGCCAGACAACUACAACUGUUAAUCUCCAAGAAGGUGCUUUAUAAGGGGAAGGAACUACAGAAUGACUGUCAAGUCUACUGCUUUCCCCUUACAUAUACCCGUAUGAAAUGAGUGUUUAAUGUAGGUUUAUUUUGCUUAACUGCAGUGUUUCUAAGCAAAAUAGGAAAAUGCCAAAAUGACUAGAAAUAUUUUGAUAAAGAGAUUUUGAUCUGCUGCCCAAACUCCUACAUGAACAGUGCUUGUCCUUUUGACUAAGACACCAAAAGAAGAUAAUCUUCUGAUUUGCCAAAUAACUCUAGCAGCAAUGAUUAGUUGAAGCAUGUUCCUUCCUCGUAGGCAGCCUGAAAAUAAUUCAUUAUAUUUAGAUAUAAAAAUAUUUAAACAUUUUGCCAGCAAGUCUUCUGUGGAAAUGCUGCAGCAGGGAAAGAUUACUCUUCGUUUUUGCAUGAAGACGAUGGUUUGUAUGAGCAUCUACAAAAACAUUUACAAAAAAAGUCUCCCCUGAAAAGAAGCAACAAGGUAAAUCUUGAGAAAAUGUAGCCAGAUUUAUCUCCUGUUUUUCCCGGCUUUUCACAGUGAAGUGGAAUUGCUUUUAAUGACGAUAAGAAAUGUGUUCUUUGUGUGUUUCUCUUCAUACAUACCAAACACACCUUGUGUUAUGCACAGUCUGCCAUUGUGCUGUUUUUCCAUCUUGUUGGCUUUGAUUCUUAAUUCAGCUGAGGACUUCCCACCUCAUCUUUGACUUUCUUGAACUGAGUUAGAUGCUUGAUAAAAGACCUGACCGGGCUGGGAGAGGACCCCUGCCAAAAGACUUUAAGGGUUUUGAAAUGAUAAAUAAUAAAUGCUGUAACUAAUAUUUUAAUGUUUGGCAGAGGGAUGUUGUAAUGCCUUGGAUCCUGCAUUUAUGGAUGACUGAAUUUUCUUUUCAGAGCUUUUAUCUAGUUAUCACACCUAAAAGUACUGAUCACACACAUUUUGUUUUAGUUUCUGUUAUUGUGGCUGUUUCAGAGAAAGCUUUGAUGCUUAAAAUUGUAUGAACUGUUUCCAUUUGACAUCAGUCUUGAGUUUUUAGUUUUGAACUUGCGUUGUGCUUUGAGACAACUAUUUCUGCCCAGACUUGCAUUCAUUUUUGGCCAUAUCUUAUAUUGAUCAAGAAAAAGCUGGAGCACUGUGCAAAGUCUUCUCCAGCACAGUCCAAAGAUUAUCAAGGCCAAGGACUGUGACAGACAUAUCUCUGUGAAAAAGUCUCUUGCUCUCUAAAUCACCCCAACAAUUUGAGCCUUUUAAAUCUUGACCAUGCCAUCUUGGAAUAUCCCCACUGUCCCCAGGAAAGGGUUGGAAUGAAAAAAAGACUACAUUGAUGGCAAAACUUGGUCCUUCCCUUUUAUUCCCUUUUUUGGGGCAUUUUAACAUUGCCACCCCAGACCACUAAACUACCCCCCACUGCUCUUAUCUGAGUAGCCACUGGGUACAAUCCCCAACAUCAUUUGCCGUCCUUCUUACCCUGAUGUGUCCAGCACUCUGGAACAGGGUAAAUAUGGACUCAUCAGCCCAACUUCAUAUUGUCCUUGUAGAUGUUUUAUUAUUAAAAUUUGACCUGAGUACCCCUGUUUAUUUGUCUUUGAAUAUAUUUCACCAAACAUUCAAAUGACUUUUCUUUUGUCCUAUCAAACCUCCCUCUACAAAGAUGAUAGUUCACUGCUACCAAUUUUAGUAGUUUCAGCAGUGUACCUAUCUUGUUUGUUCAAUACUGACCAAAGAUUUGAUUUCAUUUUUUAAUGAAAUGGAGUCACAUCUUGGAUCUAAAAAAGGCUGUUAAAGAGAUCUCUAACUGCAUCAGUUAGAGCUGUUUUUUCAUCCUGACUUUUGUCAAGUUGACUCCAGUCUACCGCCGCUGCUGUCUCGAUCAGAGUGCGGAGAAGUCGCCGUUCCUGCAAGUCACCGCUAGAUGGCAGUGUUGAUCAGAUGAAGCGCGGUGUGUCGUGGGUGUGUCCGCCAGGGCGCCCCCCUCAAUGUAAUCGCUCUGACACAAGUUGCUAGUGGGACUUUGAGUGAAAUAAACAUCUCUGCUGUGAGUUAACCUUGAUCAUCUCUGUCUUGUUUUUUUUAUUUAAUGUGUCAUAAAAUAGAUUUUCCCUACAGUAAAUGAUGACCCUGCCUCUUUACAUCCAUCAAUCAACUUUAU